GCGCCCGAGGCGGGCGAACGCGGGCGCCAGACCGUGCGGUUUAAAUCUCCCGCCUCCCUCAGCGGGAGCCUGACACCUCCACGCACGGAAGCGAAGCGGCACGGGCUGCUGGAGCGGCCCGGAGGCGGCGCGGGGCUCGCGGGCGGCGGCCGGAACGGGUGCCGGGACGGACCCCCGGGCGGCCGAACGCAACCCGAGGCGGCGGAGGAGCGUCACCUCGCGGCUCCGGCGGCGCGUCACUCCAUGGAUUCAUUUGGGCAACCCAGACCAGAAGACAAUCAGUCAGUAGUGAGCAGAAUGCAGAAGAAAUACUGGAAAACUAAACAGGUCUUUAUCAAAGCAACAGGAAAAAAAGAGGAUGAGCACUUGGUGGCAUCUGAUGCUGAACUGGAUGCUAAACUUGAGGUUUUUCACUCCAUUCAAGAGACAUGCACUGAACUUCUGAAGAUAGUUGAGAAAUACCAGCUAAGACUCAAUGUUAUAUCAGAGGAAGAAAAUGAGCUAGGGCUCUUUUUAAAGUUUCAAGCGGAACGCGAUGCAACUCAAGCUGGCAAAAUGAUGGAUGCCACUGGCAAGGCACUCUGUUCUUCAGCCAAGCAAAGAUUGGCCCUGUGUACUCCUCUGUCUCGUCUGAAGCAAGAAGUAGCAACAUUCAGUCAAAGGGCGGUAUCUGAUACCUUGAUGACAAUUAAUCGGAUGGAGCAGGCACGCACAGAAUACAGAGGAGCUCUGCUGUGGAUGAAAGAUGUAUCCCAAGAGCUGGACCCAGACACCUUAAAGCAAAUGGAAAAGUUUAGAAAAGUACAGAUGCAAGUGAGAAAUAGCAAAGCUUCUUUUGACAAGUUAAAGAUGGAUGUUUGUCAGAAAGUGGACUUACUUGGAGCUAGUCGCUGCAAUAUGCUAUCUCAUUCUCUCACUACCUACCAGAGAACACUGCUUGGAUUCUGGGAGAAAACAGCUCGAAUGAUGUCCCAAAUUCGUGAAGCCUGUAUUGGCUUUCAUCCAUAUGAUUUUGUAACUCUCAAGCAACUACAAGACACUCCAAGCAAGCUUAGUGAAGACUAUAAAGAAGAACAAAUAGGCGGUUUUCUUACUGAACACCUUAAUAAACUAGUUUUGUCUGAUGAGGAAGCAAGCUUUGAGAGUGAACGAGCAAACAAAGAUCACAAGGAAAAACAUUCUCAAAUGAGAGAAUUUAGAGCACCUCAGUUUUCUAACUCUGAAAAUGUAGUCGCAAAAGAUCUACCUGUGGAUUCACUGGAAGGAGAAGAUUUUGAGAAGGAAUUCUCAUUUCUGAACAACCUCCUAAGUUCUGGUUCUUCAAGUACUAGUGAAUUUACCCAAGAAUGCCAGACUGCCUUUUGGAGCCCCAGUGCCAGUCUCCCGUCCCAAGAGCCUUCCAUGGGGUCUGAACCCCUCGUUCAUUCUUCUCAAUUCCUUCCUUCACAACUCUUUGACCUUGGCUUUCAUGCGGCUGGAGCGUUCAACGGCUGGGUCUCCCAAGAGGAAUCAGAGUUUCGUCUUUCUGAUAGCCAGCCAGUGCCUUCACAGAGUCCAAAGAAAUUAAUGAGAUCCACCAACAAUGGUAACCAAGACAUGUCAGCCUGGUUCAAUCUAUUUGCAGACUUGGAUCCACUUUCAAACCCAGAUGCUAUCGGACAUUCAGAUGAUGAACUUCUUAAUGCUUGACUGAAGUUAUAAUGUCACUUCAACGGCCUUGAGAUAUCAAUUUUGCAACAUAUUUCCUUUGUGGAAAGGAGUUUAUAUUGGAACCCACACACAAAAGCAUGGUGUAUCUGAAUAUAACACCUGUCAGCCAACUUUAGACAGAUGGUAAAGACCACAUUUGAAUAGGUUAAGUACA